GCAGACUGGGAACGUCAGAGUGCUCUCCGACUUCGUCGCGUACGCAUCUCUCUCUGCGGCUCGACGUCGGCUGGCGGAUAACAGCGCGACAUCGCGGAUCGUCUCUGGUCGAUUAAUACACGCACGCACACUCGCGCACCCGCGCGCGCGCGCGCGCGCGUGUAAACCGUGAGAGCAACACGUUGCGUAGCCGUCGUUGUCCUGUUGUUUCAUGAGACGCCGCUGAAUGCGCUUUGUGAUCUCAUCGUAUACAACACCGCUUCGGCGAAGCUCGCUGCUGCUCGCAGUCACGGGAGAGCCGGCGGUGGCGGCAGCGGCGGCGGCGGCGGCGGCGGCGGCGGAAAUUGAAAACGACGCUGCUGCGAGAGAUCCGGAUCGUGGAGAGUCUCAGCUUCAUUCGCCGCGGAAUUAAGGGAAGACACUCCGAGAGUCCUCCUUGUCUCUCCUCUCGGCCGUUACGUCAUCGCGAAAUUUCUGCUCGUCUCGCAGCGGGAAUCAUCCGCCGUGACGAUCCGACGGAGCGGCAAUUCAGUCCGAUUAUCCGGAGAGCGAGAGGGAGAGAGAGAGAAAGAGAGAGAGAGAGAGAGAGAGAGAGAGAGAGAGAGAAAGAGAGAGAGAGAGAGAGAGAGCGAGCGCGAUCGCUACGCGGGGUGCCAGACGGGCGAGCGUCUUUCUCCACUUGUUCUCCGCGCUCCGGCGAGAUCAGUACGCGCGGCGCGGCUCCUCGCAUCCUCGCGGAGCGCUCUCGUAAGGACGAUCGCGUGUCGACAUUGCCGUGCCAUUUCGCCGGAGUGGAUCGCCCAUCGAUCCACGUGAAGAUCGAUUCGCGGGAACAACGGGCGCGCUGCGCUCUCUCGGGAGGAAUCAUCGGCGGUGACAGGUGAAGCCUGAUCUGGCGAUCUGGAAUGAACAGCGAUCUGCAGGAGUCGACGCUCUCCUGAAGCUGCUGCCGCGUGAAGCUGCGUUUUCUCCGCAGAGAGAGAGAGAGUGUCGCUGCUCUAGGGAGGAAAAUCGCGCGAAGCGUCAUCGCGACGGAGGAGCCGAGGGCGACGCGCGAUCGAGCGCGAUGCGCUGAGGCAUCGAUCAUCAAGCGGGCCAACAGCGAGGACGCAGUGGGCGCGUUGGACGUGUUCAAUUAAAUCGUUUGAGCGUCGCUCGAACGGGAACGGCUCGGCGGACGUAAGGAGCGCGAUUCGUCGCGCGCGUGACCUUUCGCUUCGAGAUCGCUCGGCGAUGCUGCCGCGGAGAGACGCAGCAUCGUCACUCUGAGGAGACCUCGGCUCCGCCGCCGAGAACGAGGCAUCGUUUUCUGCGUCUCUCUCCUUCCGCGACAGCCGGAAGUGAAUCGCUAGACAGGGUGAUGCUCGACGCUCGUAGAGCUCGCAGUGCGUCGUGGUAGAGCGACGGCGACGGCGACGGCGACGAGCCGUCAAGAGUUCCGAGUGGAAAUCUUCGCCGCGCGUCCGUGCGGCCCGGGAUCCGCGAUAUUAAUUACCCCUUGUAAUUGGGGUUUCUAGGAUCGCGCUUAAUUAAUUGGCCCGGCUCGGACUCCGACGUAAACGAUGAAGUGGUGCGUGUUGGUGUUGGUAUUCGCCGGCCUGAGUAGAGGCGAUAAUACCAUCGAUAUGGACCCCAACGCUAUCAACUGCAUGCAUCUCAAUUCCCAGGAGGAGAUAGAUCUCGACAAGAUAAUGGGCAAGUGGUACAUCGUGGAAGUCUUGGAACACAGACUAGACCCGCUGAAGCCGGUGAGCAGUUCGUAUGUUGUCGACUCGUGCCCGAUCGUGAAGCUGAUGUCGCUAGAGCUUGGUACCUUGAAGCUACUGUGGAGCGAGGAGGCUGGUAAUCUGGAGUACACCUUCCGGAUAACGGAUUUUCCCAAAAGAAGUGGCUUAUGGCAGAGCAUCUCCAUGCAGAACGGUACCCUGGCGGAGAAGCAAUACAAGCAGUUCACGGGCAGCGUGCACGUAAUGAAGGCCGUGGCUUCGGACAUGGUGUUGACUUUCUGCUCCCGCAAUCCCAACUUUACUCAGCUCUACUCGCUCCUGUUGUCGCGGGAGCACACCUUGCAGAAGAGCGACAAACGAGGCGUUCACAAUCUGCUAGGGCGCCGUGGCCUGAAGAUCGUCAGCAUUCGGGAGACUUGCGUGAACGGCGGCGCCGCCGGCACCAGGAGGGACGCGCUCGACUUCUUGGUCGGAUGGGCGACCCUCGUCGGCCUCCUUUCGUCGAGCUUCCUCUUUAAGCCCUGGCAGUAGUGAAUUAGGCCGGACGAUCGAUCUCGAGACGCGAUCGCUAACUGCUCGAGCGGCUCCUCUGUCUCGACUAAUUAACGUGAUUUAACACUUUGGAUGCCGCGCGAAUCAUCCCGUCGUGUUUCGUACGCGAGAGACCCGCCGUUUGCGCGCGCGCGCGCGCGAGACCGCGCCUUCUUACGUUCGCGUUCGCGUUCGCGUUAUGCACGCCGUUAUGUCUACAAGGUUGCGUUGCUCGCCUUGGGUUAACGAAUGCUUACGUGAGUGUGUGUGUGUGUGUGUGUGUGUGUGCAGUGUGUUUCUACAUUCCUUCGACGAGCUCUUCGAGCGAAUCCUUCGCGGUCGUAGACACUUGCGUCCGCGGAAAUGCGUGGAACUGAAUUAAGGUAAUGGCUCCGGGUUAAACUUGAAAGAUACACAUUUCAUGACGAAGACACGGAACAAAUUUAUUUUAUACUCUUUAAUUUCUUUCCACUUUACAAACACUUGAGAGUUAUAUUUAAGCAGAAAUAUAUGGGAUGUCAUUUGUUACUACUUACGUG